AUGCUCCGCGCGCCUGCCUCUCCCACAUCCAACAACGCCGGGGCGCCUGACCAUCGCGACGCCACUCGCCGCCCUCCUUCCAGAUCGCUCGUCGCCGCGUCACGCGCCACGCCCCGAGGCCGCGACAGCGACGAUCGCAGGUACUGCCGGGGCAGGGAGCCGCUACGACUGCCGCACCUCGCGCGCCCUGCGCUUUCCGCCUCGCGGCCGCUUGCGCCCACUCGACCGCCGCGUGCCCCACGCACACGAUGGCAGCGAAUUUUGGUAGCGGUGCUGUCCUUUACGGGGAUCGCGCUCGCUCUGGCUCCGCUGGCGGGUGGCGGGCGUUGGCGGCGGGCGGUCUCCUAUCCAUGGCGUCUCCCCGUGCUGCGACGAGCUGGCGACGACGCCAUGCGACACACUGCCUGGCCCAGCGACGGGGACCUGCGACUAUCCGACGACAGAGACGGCCGCUUUGGGGGUGGGUGGGCAGGAGGGGGGAACAUGGGCCGAGGGCUGGCGGCGCAGGGGGAUGCGCGGAGCGCGGGGAAUGGGAGCUGGGGUUGGCGCAACUGGAAGGGUGCGGGGGAGGGUGAGCUGGGCGGGGGGCUGAGUGAAGCGCGGAGGAGGGAGGCGCUGCAGGGGCAGGAGUGGGGCAGCAGAGGGGCGAGGCUGAGAGCAAGGGCUGCGGGGGAGCAGAGCCGGCGAGGCGUGGGCGGUGGGGGCGUGAGUGAGCUGCGGGCGGAGGUUUCAAGGGGCGAGCAGGGCGGCGAGGGGGCGAGCACGGGGGCAGCGGGCAGCAGCGGUGGCGGAGGCGGGCAGCAGUACGGUGUGCAGGCGGUGCAGCGGGAGGCGUGGUGGACAGCGUUUCAGAGAGGCGCGGCUGUGAGCUCACAGGGUGUCCACCAGUGCUCCUCGCUGCUGCCCCCUGACAUCCAGCCACUCAACGUUGCACGAGUGCCCCCUACAGCGCGCCUGGCAGUGGCGGACCUCACACUGCCGGACGCGCGGUGGCUGCUGGUGCUGCCGAGGCACGGCGUGGGCAACACGCUGCGAGGGUGGGUGUCCGCCGUGCCAUACGCCGUGCUGGCGGGCCGCACCCUCGUGCGCGCCCACGCCGCGCAGCACAGCCGCGUGCUCGACAGCCUCUGCCUCGCCUUCCACUGCGCCUUCCCCGCCCUGCAAGGCCCGCUCUCCCUCGCUGCCACUGCAGGGCAGGGCGGCAGGGCGGGGAGUGAGGGCGAGAGGGAGAGGGAGGCGGAGGAGGUGAUGGCGGCGGUGAGGGCGCUCGACCCCAUGUUCUUCCUUGAGAUUUCCGACACCCCCCAUGCGGUGGCGGAGACAGUGGCAUCGGACUACCCCCUACUGGCCACGCGGGCCGGCACCUUCUUUGAUGCCUUCUGGGAGCGCUCGCCCCCGCUGCGCGCCUGUGUCCUGGCCGCCUUCCACUGCGCCUCCCUCCACUGCGUGCGCUCCAAAGCCCUCUUCGCCCUCCUCGGCACCGGCCCCUCCCCCGCCCUGCUGCUCGCCGCCCGCUCCGUGCUGCACGGCCCAGCCGGCAGUGGGGGGGAGGAGGCGGGCCAUGCAGGUGCGGGAGAAAGGGGGAAGUCUGGCGGGAAAGAGAGGAAGGGAGGCGAGAGGGCAGGUGCAGAGCACAUGGCGGAACGACAGACGCACAAAGGGCGGACGGAAACAGGCGGGGCGGCCCCUGGGCAGACCACCAAGCGGCAUCUCCUGGGCGUGCGGGGCGCGGUUGCAAGUGAGGGAAGGGAGAGGGGUGGAGGUGCGGCGGAGCAAGGGGAGGUGCAGGGAGAGGGGCCGGUGUGGUUUGACGUGGCGGUGCAUGUGCGCACUCGCACUCUGGCCGUGGAGAAGGCUGUCAAGCCCGGCAGCACCGACACACAGUGGCAGGGGUGCACCGAUGCAGGCGCCAAGCCUUCGGCCUCGGCCUUCCUGCAGGACUGCCUGUGGCGCUGCGUGCUCUCCACCAUCACCCUCCUCGCUGCCAACUCCACCACCACCACCAGCUCCAGCAGCAGCAGCGGUGGUGACCGUGCAGUCGCGCAACCAGUGGGCUUGGCAGGAGGUGAAGGAGGGAGGAGGAGGGUGUCGGUGUUUGUGGCGACAGACAACGAGGAGCUGCGCCCUGUGUUUGUGGAGCGCCUGCAGCGCAUGGAGGGAGCACACGUGUACUGGUCCGCAGCAGCAGUGCGCCACACAUCCAAGGCGGGUGCUGAUGGGCACGCGGGGCAGGGGGGGCUGCACGGGCUGGCGGAUUGGUGGUUGUUGUCACGUGCCUCUGCUGUGCUGCAGGUGGCGCAUGCUAGCUCCUUUGCUUACUUCGCUGCUCUCUUUGCCAAUAGCACUUUUGCUUCGAUUUCCACACUAAAUGGCCGCUGUGAUGUGCAUUAUGAGCAUAUAGCUGAACUUGUUACUUAA